CUUGAAAUUCACUCUCGGUUUCGAUUGCCACCAGUGUAGGUGGGAUUAUCCUCUUGUAAUAUGGUGAACUAUAAUGUGAUAUAACUGUAUUCAUGCGGUCCACAACUAUUAUUUCUUAACGUUCUUUCCAGGAAUAACUAAACUGCUGAAUAUAAUGCGUUUUAAAUCCUAAGAAUCAUAUUAAACAUAACGACUUACGUAUUGUUUGUGCACUGAACUAAAUCUACCAAAAGGGACUAAUCGCAAGUGCUUAAUUCGGAAUUAACAGCUGUGCCAUUGAGAUAAAGUUCAUUUUAUCGUCUGGAGUGUGUAAAUGGUGUUUCAUUAUCUGCUACGUGCUUCUGCAGCUCUAAUCUCUAAUGGUGCACCAGAAGGCUGUUGUGGAUAACUUUUUGUAACCAUUGGAACAAGAAUUUGUUAAUCGGUUGAACAGCAAGCAAGCACUUUGAUUAACGUUAUGGCUAAUGAUAUGGUUGAAGCUCAGUCUUUGGAUGAAUACCACGUAUCAUUUGAUUCCUUUCAUUCCGGCGAGACUCCCAAAACUGCAACUGACGCUACCAAGUUUUUUCCUAUUGAUGCAAAUGACGUGCUUAACACUCCCACUGCUAUAUCAAAGACAUCCAGUGCCGGAGGACUAUUUUUCGCUGACGAUUUUCACAAACGUUUACCUGUUCUAAAUCCUUCUGCAAAUGAAGAACAGUCUUUGGCGAAUACUAAAGUAGAACAACCGGAUAUGAUAAGUGAUGCCGAGGAAUCUUCAGUUAACCAUUCGGACUCUGGAACCUUACCAGAAGAAAAUAUGUUCAUAUCCCAAUUUGAUUUAAACCAGCAAUCGUGUGUAUCACAUCCUGAAGUUAAACCAUCAAGCAGGUCGUCUUUGCUGUACUUAAAUCAUCUUUCACCUGACAGCACUACAGCGAAGGUUGAAUCUGUAUCCACAUCACUAGAGUCAGAUUCUGGUAUUAGCAUUACAUCAUUCACGUCAGCGACUACGAAAAGCAAUGAUGGAAGUCUCGAACUGAGUGAUUUACCGUUGUUAACAAGUGCACUCUCGAGUGUUGGAAACUUAUCUAUGAAUGAUGCUCGAGCAACUACUACUAACUCCGCCUAUGUAUCAAACAGAUCUGAAAUCGCAACUACUAAUCUUCAGACAGUGCCUGAUACUGUUGUUCUCAACAGCGCUGGAAUGACACAAAAUCCUUGUAUAUCUGUUACAGAAGAGACCAGUCCAGUCACAGCGAUAGCUUUUUCAGCUAGAAGCCAGCCUCCUUUUAUUCCAUCUCCACUUGUUUUAGGAAACGGCUUAACACUAACCACUUUACUGACUACUGAAAACAGUGGUGGCCUUUUAACACCUACCACUCCUAAUACUGCUUUGUUGCCAUUAUUACCGUCUCCUGGCCCUGGAGGUUUAUAUGCCACGGGACUCUUAACUAAUUUAUGUUCACCACCAGCUAAUCCUCCUGGAACUCUAUCAUUUUUGUCACCUGCUUCUGGCCUGUUGAAUAAUAACAUUGAAACGACUGGUAUUGCAGUUAGUGGAAAUUAUACUCAAAAUUCAGUUGCAGCAGAUGGUACAAUGAUUAAACAAGAACAACCUUCCUUUACCGACUCAAUUACAACUUCGGAUCAUCAUCUGUUUGAUUCACCUAGUAAGUCUCUUAUGAACAACCCACCUGAUUGUGCACCGGAUACAACAGUUGUCACAGAAGAUGACUUGGGUAGCAGUGAGUACCUAUCCAACAUGAAAAGUUCUGGUGUCUCUAAAAGACGCAAAACUUCUAAUCGUAACAAAACUCGAAUAGCUAAGGCACAAACCGGGGUUUGUUCAGAAUUGGAAGCUCACACAGGCAUAACAUCCAGCGUAACUGAAAGGUUUGCAGAGAAACCUCAUAGGUGUACAUCGUGCAAUAAGUGUUUUUCUCGAUCGGAUGAGCUUACAAGACAUGCACGAAUCCACACUGGUGCAAAACCUUUCAAGUGCAUUGAGUGUCAAAGAGAGUUUUCACGUUCAGACCAUUUAACUACACAUAUGCGAACACAUACUGGUGAGCGACCAUUUGUCUGCGAUGUAUGUGGUCGGAGUUUUGCACGUUCUGAUGAACGCAAGCGCCAUACAAAAGUGCAUCAGAAGAACAAUCAAAAACUUGCAAAUGGAGAUUCCAAAAUUAAUGUGACCAAAAGUUCAGUAAGUUCGACUUCGGGUCCUAAGACAAAUAACAGUGGAAAGCGCGGUUCUUCACAAGCAGUGAAGAAUUACGAUGCUGCUAAAAAUCCACGUAAACUAAAACAGGAUGAACAAGUAGACGCUUCUUCUCUUCAAACUAAUAGCCUGUCAGUACAAAAAGUAAGCGUACUAAAUGAUGGGAUAAAUGUAAACCAAUCUGUUCCUGAACAGCGAUUACUCUUAACAGCUUGCGAUUCUAAUUCAGGACAAGUCACUUUUCAUGCCUUUCCUAAUAUGACAGGUCUCAAUGGCUCUAGUGUUAUAUCACCCCAUUCACAAUUAGUUUUCGCUGCUCUACCUUCAAUGUCACUUUCAGCAGUUCCAAUUUUGAGCCAGGUUAACAAUGAAUUUGCCAACACUUUCAAUUUCGCCACCGGGACUUUCGCUGCACAACCCCAUGGUCAUUUUCUAGCAGUCUCUCCUACACAACUCUCUGGUUGUGUGCCUAAUUCUUCAGUGGAAAGCAAUUUAACACUACCACAGAAUCCAGCAGUUUCAUCAGUAUCACCGAACUUUACUCUUUUAUCUACCAUUCCGUCACACCCGCAGCCUGAAAUGGGCACGGAAUGUGUACAAGGAACUAGUAGUGUUUUGUCAUCCUCUUGUGUAACAACACCGAGUAUGUCGAGUUGUUACACAAUUCGUGCUUCACUCAUACCCCAAUCGGUUCAAGCAUAUCAUUCAGGACUGCAGCAUUCCCAAGCACCACCAUAUUUUACUGCUAUAGCUUGUUCUCCUGACGGUCUGAAUGCUAACCAAGCUAGCGCAUUUUUCUCUCCAAUGAUAGCAACGCAUCCAACUGUCUCGGGUACUGAACUUUCUGCAAGUUUCCAUCCUAAUCAAGUAAAUAUACAGCCAGAGUUUGUCACUACAGCUGAUGGUAUUUCUCCAACUAGUUUACUCGCAGCUACUCCAGCCUGUAUUUUUAUUACCCCAAAUCCUUAAGUUUAUUUUCCUGCAUUUGACAGUGCCUCAUUCACGUCGGAUUUCUGCUGUUAUGUAACUUCUCUAUACACUUAUUACUGACAAUAAUAUCUUUUUGCUGCUUUCGUCAUGUGCUCAAUCUGUGAUUUCAGUUCAUGACACUUAAGUGUCUGUAAAGGGCUGUGUCACAUCGUAUAUUUCUUCCUUUGUUGUAUCCUGCAUGCAAAUGUACAUUGUAUUACGAGUUUUCGUUCAGUAUUAGUGUGUCACUGCAAUCUGUGGUUUAAAGCAAAAAAUAAAAUUAAACUAAUCCACCUAUUAGUAGGCAUAAACUGUUCGACAGAAUAUGCUUCAAGAAACAAGUAAUACUUUCUGGUAAGGAAAUGUGCUUAAGUUACAUCACAAAUCCGUACGCACUUGUUUUUCUUCACAGCGAAAUUUUCUGUACAGUCAAUUUCGUUUUUAGCGUAUGCUUACCAUUUUACUGUGUCGUUAUUUACUGUAAAUGCUGCGUUUUACUAAUUUCCAGUUCUUUCCUGAUAUUCAGUAUUUAUCCUAUACAAAAACUACUCAUUUUAAUAAUAUUCAUUAUAUUAGUAUAUAUGAAAAUUGGUUUCUAUAUGAACAUGACUUUUUCUAUGUCGUUCGUUACUUUCAAUCAAAGCGCCGUUUUUUUUGCUAUAUGAUAAUAUAACAUUAUACAUAUUUCACUUUCUAUGCAUUGAUCUACUGUCAUUGUUUUAUUAUUAUUCACUUUGAGAAUUUAUCAUGCUUUACAACCUUAAUAUAUAAUAUUUCUUGCGUCAGUCUUAUGAUGUACUGCUUUUACUAUAAUUCUAUAAUAUUAUACUUAGUAAUCCACUGUUAUUUUGUUUAGUUUUGUGACAACACAUAUGAUAACAUGUUAAAGAUAUUCCCUUGUAAGUUGUUUUUAUCUCUUUUGAGCAGAAAUCUUCAGAUUACAAAAAGCAUACUGUAUUCAAGGCUCUCCCCUUAAACAUGGGAAAUAAAUCGCUUUUAUCUUUUCUGUUUCACUUCUAUCAUUUGGUUGACUG